AUGUGCACCUCCUACUACGUGCACUACCACCAUCUCCCGACCUGCUACCGGCCGAUCCACAUAGCUCUGGAGUACGCCUUUUGCCCAGCUGCCACCGAAGCCGCCACCACCACAACCACCACCAGCACGUCCAGCCCACAGCAGCAAGGGACAGCAGCAGCAGCAGCAGCAGCCUCACAGGACUACCAAGACGGCCAGCAGCAGCGGCGCCAGCAGCGACAACCUUGUCAAGCUCUGCACCACGACCCCUGGGCGUCGGUCGACCUGGCGGACCCCUGCGCGGCGGGCGGCUGCUUCUCCGUCAGCCCCGAGUGCGGCUCGGGCCUGUGCCGGCUGAACGACCUGGGGGGAUGCUGGGCGUGCUGUAGCUGCGGGCGCGGCGGCAACACGUACCGCUGGUGCAGGCACAUGAUGAAGAAGAGCCCCGACACCUUUUGCUACCACACCUGCUGCGAGACCUGCACGGCUGACCCGGUCAGUGGUGGUGGUGGUGGCGUUUCCGAGGGGUGUGGCGGGAGGGGGUGA